AUGGGAGGAGCUCAAGAACUCCACAGUAGGAGGUUCUUGAAGUUCCACGAAUUGGAUUUUGGAUGGGCUUCAAGGUUGGUGCACUAUAUACUGAGUUAUCAGCUUGAUUGCAAGAAGAAGUACGAGUUGUGGAGUCUAGUAGGUGUUCGACCAGCGAGGUUUUCUCUGCAUGAAUUUGAAGAGAUAACAGGGCUGAACUGUAAGUAUGUGAAGAAUCUCGAGAAUCCGCUGGUUGAGGUAACAGAUGAGAUGAGAGCAUUUUGGGGGAAGAUGGGAGUGCAUUUCGACCGGGGGCCAAGUAUUGAGGAAUUAACCACAGCGUGUCAGAUGUGUGAAACAUGGUCUCGAAAUGAUCGGCUGCGUUUAGGGUAUCUAGCCAUCUAUGCUGGCUUCAUCCAAGCACCAAGAAGCUCGUCACCUACAUGUGCUAGCCUGGCUAGGUUGGUGAUGGAUCAAGAAGCUUUUAAAGCUUAUCCGUGGGGAAAGGUAGCAUUUAAAUUCUUGAUGGAUUCGGUGAAGGGUUUAGACUUGGCCAAGCCUUCCUAUGCUAUGGAAGGCUUUGUUCAGGUGCUUCAAGUCUGGAUCUAUUGGUGUCUCCCUGAAUUCGCAGCAGGGUUUGGUGACCCUAUAGAAGGUACUCCGACCCCACCUUUACUUGCCUACUCUGGUAAUAGAGGCAAGAGAUAUCUGAAGGAAAAUAUUGUUAAACAAACUAGGGUUAACAACUUUGCUUUGAAGGAGCUCUCUGAAAUGUUUCUUCUCUGGGAUGGUGAUCGGGAAGACCAAAAGGCUGAUAACAUAGUGAAGGCAAUGUUUAAUAGACACUGGGUGUGGGAAGAAAGUCACUGGCCUCUUAUCGGAACAAAACUGUGGACAAAUGUGAAGGAGGAGAUCCAUCCGAUGAAGACAGACGCUGGUCAGAUGGAGCAAAGCAAGGUGGCUUUGUCCCCUUCUCCCACUGAGUCUGAGGGAGUAUCAAGCAAGAAGGCUCGUCAGUCCCAUGGCCUGGAUGUGGAGACCAUGAAAGCAGAAAUAGCUCAGUGGCCUACUGGCCUGACCUCUACCAUGGUUGAGGAGCUGAGCACUAUGAAGAACACUCUGAAGACACAAUCCGACAGGCUUGAGGGCCUUACUGCGAAGAUGGGACAUCUUGAAAAGAUUGUGCAAGAAGGUUGGAAGGAAGACUACAGAAAGGCUGGUUCAUCUGCUGAUGUAUUUAAUGGAGACAAAGAUAAGGAGGACAUCGGUGAAGAAAGCAGAGCUGAGGAAGCACCUCCUAAACCAGCCAGAAUGACAACAAGAGCCAAAGCCAAAGACACUGUGUUAAAAAAAGUGAGAGAUGCUUGCAUUGUGGCCCGUGCUAGGAGUGAUAGGCAACGUAGGCUUGCUGCAACUCAGAAAUCUCCUUUUGCUGGAAACAGCACGGCAAAGGUUAUCAUACCUAACCAGCCGUACCGAGGCCUGGGAUAUAACCCAUUUGCUGGUGUUGAUAAACCAAAGCUCUCUCAAAUGACGACAGAGGUGAAAGGUUACUCAGAGUUUCUUGCCAGUCCUGAAGAGUCCGGUAAACUACUCCCUUCUGGGGCCUUAAACUACUACACUGGCAAGGAACCAGCAUAUUGCAGAUCAGAUAAGACAUGGGUGCAAGAGAUUGAUGAUAUAUAUGCUCCAUUAUUUGUCAAGGGUAAUCAUUGGGUAGCUUGCUGGAUAUCAAUUCCGAGGAGACACAUAGUGAUUUGGGAUAGUGAUGUUUGUUACGCUAAGGAUGAAGAGAUUGUCGAGCAUGUUAAGCCUUUUGCACAUAUGGUGCCGUACAUGCUGCAUAUGAUGUCUUGCGGUGAAGAGAGGGAGUUGUACACAGAUUAUUUCACACAUGAGCGGGUCUCAGCAUCUGAGGUACCACAAAACUACCAGAACGGGGACUGUGGAGUGUAUUGCUUGAAGUAUAUAGAAUGUCAUGCACUUGGCGUGGCAUUCUCACCUCAUGACCUGUGUGAUAAGAAAAUCAAGACAAUCAGGAGUCAGUUGGCGAGUGAGAUAUUUGAUGAGACCAGCAUCAACGGCACAGAGAAACGUGUUUUCAAUCAUCUCGGUGUCUAUGACUAA